AUGAAGCUCUCCAUCGCUCUCCUCACCUCCGCCCUCCUCACCACCACCAUCGCCACACCUUUCAAACAACCCGCUCCCGGAUCCGCCGCCGAGCUUCAAAGGCGCAAAAAGCUGGGCGUGAACUGCAUCGACAACUACGGUUACGCCCGGGCGGGCGACGUCCAGCGAGGCAUCAACAACAUCCGCGGCUGGGGCAACAUACGCAUAUACGUCGGCGGACACUCUUGCGUCCAGCUGAGCUGCAUCGACCAGUCUGGCAUUACGCUUUGCAACGACAACGAUGGGCACAUCGCGCCGUUGUCGGAUUAUAUCUCGUCGUACGCGUGGGAUAUCGUUAAUGCUUGUGGUCGUCAAACGGGGGGGCAGGAGUUUGACUCGGAUGGCUAUAAUGUCAUUGUUGGCAGCUGUUGA